CUGUGGGUGGGGUGGGGAGUCCGGGGGCCCGAGCGGCAAGAGCAUGCCCUGGUGAGCUGGCUUCUCUUCUCUGGGGGAGCCAAGCGCGCUCCGGGCGCCUGCCGGUUUGGGGUAUCUCCUCCCGCGGCGCCAUGGCGGCGCUGGCCAGUAGCUUGAUCCGGCAGAAGCGGGAGGUCCGCGAGCCCGGGGGCAGCCGGCCUGUGUCGGCACAGCGGCGCGUGUGUCCCCGCGGCACCAAGUCCCUUUGCCAGAAGCAGCUUCUCAUCCUGCUGUCCAAGGUGCGACUGUGCGGGGGGCGGCCCUCGCGGCCAUACCGCGGCCCCGAGCCUCAGCUCAAAGGCUUCGUCACCAAACUGUUCUGCCGCCAGGGUUUCUACCUCCAGGCGAAUCCCGACGGGAGUGUCCAGGGCACCCCAGAGGACAGCAGCUCCUUCACCCACUUCAACCUGAUCCCCGUGGGGCUCCGUGUCGUCAGCAUCCAGAGCGCCAAGCUGGGUCACUACAUGGCCAUGAACGCCGAGGGGCUGCUCUACAGCUCGCCACACUUCACAGCCGAAUGUCGCUUUAAGGAGUGCGUCUUUGAGAAUUACUAUGUCCUGUACGCCUCUGCUCUCUACCGCCAGCGCAGUUCUGGCCGGGCCUGGUACCUUGGCCUGGACAAAGAAGGUCGUAUCAUGAAGGGAAAUCGAGUCAAGAAGACCAAGGCAGCCGCCCACUUUGUGCCCAAGCUCCUGGAAGUGGCCAUGUACCGAGAGCCUUCUCUGCACAGUGUCCCUGAGACCUCCCCUUCCAGGCCCCUGCCCCCUGAAAUGUAGUCCCUGAGCUGGAGGCUCUCUGCACUCCCACUGAGCCAGCCACCGCCACGGCCUGUCUCCCAGCCCUGCUCUCCCCGCUGCCUGCCACACCCAUGCCCUAAAAGUAGCCAGGUCCCACCAGGUGCUUUUCCCUGGGGGAGCCCAGGGGCUAGCUGUGACUUCUGGGGCUGCUAAGACCCUGAGAACCUUGAGCCCGUGAAGGGGUCCAAGAGGGGUAGUGUCUGAAAAUGGUCCUGACACAUCAGUGUCUUCUUUCUUUCCACAUGCACGCACCCCCAAAGCCUUUUCCUGAGAUGGCACUGGGGUCUCCAAAACUGAUAGAGCCAGGGCAUAAUACUCCCCACCUCAGGCUCAGCCAGUUCCCCAAGACCUGCACCCCUUCUUCAUUGCCACUGAGCCAUAGAUUUACAGAUCCACUGGAGCUCAGGAUUAGUUUCCUUCUUUCCCCACUCCACCUUCUGCCUUGGUUUGCACAGGUUCUGACAUGCCGGGCACUCCAGCCAGGGUCAUUUCUGCACCAGGCCUCUGUACAGGAACCUAGGCAUGUUACCAGGCUCUGUUCUGGAUCCAUCAGACUCCUGUCCUUGACCCAGACAGAUCCCUGGUUUGCAAGUAGAGGGAAGCUGGAUUUGAGCCCUGCCCAGCCAUGGCCUUGGCCAAAACUGGGACCAGUCUCAGGUCACCACAGGCUUAACCUUCUUAUCCCAGAGAUACCCAGUUCUAGAUCAUGGUGUUCUAGACCUAUACAGAGCCAUGCUUCCUCCUGAGUCUCAGCUCUAGGACAUUGAUCACAACUGUCAGCCCUUCCCUCUAGAAUGGAACUGGGGCCUCUAUAGCCAUAUUAUUAGAUCUAUAUAGAGAGAUCUAGAAUAAGUUCUAGAUCCACCUCCCACCUUCUCAUUAAGACUGGGCUUUGGAAAGGACCCACUAUGAUUCAUAAAGAUCUAAGUUCUGGAUGAAUUGAGAACCACGUCUUGUUUUUCCUAGAUAAUUUUCUAAAAAUUUUAUUCUUCCAUAUAGAACACUAACCUUAAUUUUAAAUGCAGUUUCUAGCCCCUGGAACUCAGCUGGAGUUCUGCUGGAGGAAAAGAGUCUGGGAAUCGCGGAGGAGUUUUGGGAGGAUCCCUGGCUUAUCGUAGGGAGGCUGGGAUGAGGAAGAGCCCGGAACCCUGGCAUGGUGGAACCUGUGCUGGGUUUGGGGGGCCAUGAACUCUUACCUACCUCAGCAGGAAUUCCUUCCAGGUCCUCUUUAAAGCUGAGGUGUUUAGGGUAAUGGGUCUGGGAAAAAAAGGACAAGUGAGACACAACCUUGACCCCUAGUUACUAUACCCCAAUUCAGCAAUAAGUCCCACCCCUUUCCCUUACAGGCCAAGGUGGGUGAGGGCCUCUUGGGCCUAACCUCAAACACCCCCAGACCUUCUAAUUGAAAUAGAAUUUGCUUUACCUUACAGCUUAUAACCUCAGCUGGGUUGUAGGUGCACAAAAAGGGCCUGAGCAGAUCUUUCGGAAAGACGUGGAGAGCUAGGGGCAGGCCUGGGGUAGACCCGGAGCCCACUAGUGAGCUGGGAGACUCCCAGUUGCCUCAGACCUGGGCUGGGUAGACAGAGGAGCCCCUGAGAGAGAUGCAGGGGUGCAGUCAGGUCACUUUUCCUCAGGCUCUUCCUACUUCUGGCUUGUUGCAGGAGGGGUGGAUGCCCCUCGCCCACACAGACCCCGUUCAGGCUCCACCCGUCUCCUGCUUCCGCUCCCAGGGCUCUGGGUCUCCACUCCAGGCUUUCUCUAUUAAAGACGAUUUAUA